UGAAAUCAGAAAUAAGUCCAACUGAAAAAAAAAACAAAGUUCCGUGCGUUCGUCGACUUUUGGUUUUGUGCUCUGGCAAUUGGCAAUUGGCUUGCCCAUCUUCUUCUAUUAUGAACAACAAUAGCAAGCGGAAAAGUCGACCUACUGGCGGAGGUGGCGGCGCUGCCAGCGGCGGCAUCUCAAGAUACAACGCCAAUAACGACAACAACAGUCUACGGCCAGCAAAUAACAAGACGGGCUCCGGUGCAGGUGGUGGUGGCAGCGGCAGCGGCGGCGCUGGAGGUGGCGGAGCAGGCGGAAUUGGCCGUUCGCUGGCGCAAGGCGUCUAUAAUAACACUUUCUUCAUGCACUCGGCAACGGCACUGGUCGGCAGCGUGGUGCAGGUGCGCCUGCGUUCGGGUAACGUUUAUGAGGGCGUUUUCCGCACAUUCUCGGGCAAUUUCGACAUCGCACUGGAGCUGCCGGCAUGCAUUAAGGCCAAAAAUCAGCCCGACGAGGUCAAAACAGUGCCCAAUCAAAUCAUAUUCCCGGCGGACACUGUGGUCAAUGUAGUCGCAAAGAAUUUUGAUUCGCAAUACGCGACCACAGGUGCUUUCCAGACCGACGGCGCCAUAUCUGAUAAGUGCAAUGGCACGCGCUGCGAUGAAAAAGAGCUGGAACCGUGGGAUUCUGGCGCCAAUGGGGACGUUGAAAUAGAAUUGGAUGGCGCUGCCAACGGUUGGGAUGCCAACGAGAUGUUCCGCAAGAAUGAGAAUCAGUUUGGUGUCACCUCCACAUUUGAUGAUUCGCUGUCAUCGUAUACGGUGGCCCUCGAUAAGGGCGAUUCGCUGGAGUUCAAGGAGGCCGAGGCUAAGGCUGAGAAAUUGGCAGCUGAGAUUGAGAACAAUCCCACAUGCCGCGAGCGCUUGGAUCUUGAGAACGGUGAUGAGGAGGCACUAUUCGCAGCCGUUGAGAGGCCGCCGCCGCCGGAUCACGAAAUGGAACGUGAACGUGAGCGCAAUGAGCGCGAAAGGGAACGCGAGCGAGAGCGUGAGGAGCGCGAACGUGAGCGGGAACGGGACCGAGAUCGUGGCAACAAACCCCGUGGCAGCGGUGGUGGCGGCGGCGGGGGCUCCAGUGACUACCAGCUGCGUGAGACGAUGAGCAGCGAUCGUUACAUCACCAAACAGACACGAAGCAAUAAUGGACCGCCUGCCUCGCAUGCGGGCAUGUCCUCGCAACAAUCAUCGACGGUGGCAGGGGCACGCGAUCGUGACAAUCGCGAGCCAGUGAUGAUGGGGCAGCAUGGAAUGGGUCCAGGCGGCGCCACACAGUCGCAGGCCCUGCUUCUGCUUGCUGGCACUUUAAAAAACACGGGUCAAUCCGCCACAUCCGUCAAUGCAUCCACAGAUACGUCCGCUGGAAAGUAUGGCGGCGGCGGUGGCGGUGGCUCAAUGAUGAAACCAAAGCCCGUGCCACAAGGCGGCAAAAUAAUGCGCGGCGGCGGCGGCAAUCUGCCCAGCAAUGUCGGCGGCAGCGGCAAAAUUAUGCGUGGCGGCAAUCCGCCCAGCAAUGUAGGCGCCGGCGGCGGCAACUCAUCCAAUGUGCCGCAGGGCAAUAGCGCCAAUAGCGUUGGCGGCAAGAGUGGUGGCUAUCAGUCCUCGAUGGGCAUACAGAGUCAGUACUCCUCCUACCAGGGCAACUCACAGAUCAUUCACGGUAAUCACUGCAACAGCCCCGCUCAGUACCGUAAUCAGGGUCAUUUGGGUGGCGCAUCCAAGCUGAACGGCGGCGAUUCUGGCUCAAAUCCGGGCAAGCCGCUGCCUCAGCGCCAAAUGCGUCAAUACCAGGGUUCUCAAAGCAACUCCUCGCUCAAUUAUGGCGGAGACACACAGCCGCUGGGCAAGCCCAUGCAUAGUGGCCACGUUCAUGGUGGCCAUAACAGUAACUCUCCGCCGCUGCAAACCGGCGGCAGCCAGCAGCAGCAGCAACAGCAGCAGCAACAACAACAGCAACAGCAGCAGCAGCAACAACAACAGCAGCAACAUCAGAGCCAGCCGCAGCAGCAGCGUCAAGUGCGCUCACGAGACAAUCAGGUAAUGCAGGAUCUGCGUCAGUUUAAUCAGAACUUUGAGCUGGCGCCUAGCAACACCUCGCCGCCCCAGCAACAACAACAACAGCAGCAGCAGCAGCAACAUUCACUGCAACGUGGCGGCUUGCAGCAAUCGACAUCGCCGCCGCAGCAACAACAACAACAGCAGCCGCAACUUGUGGCCAUGCAGCAACAUCAUGUGCCGCCGCCACAUCAUCACCAGCAGCAGCUGCCACCACCGCAACACUAUGUGCCUCAGCAGCAACAGCAGCAGCAGCCGCCGCCGCAACAACAGCAGCAACAACAUGUGCCGCAUAUGCAACAAAAGGCGCCACCGCCGCAACAGCAACAGCAGCAGCAACAACUGGUUGUGGACAGUCAGCAUCAGCUGGUGCCCAAGCAGCAACAGCAGCAUCAGGGCCAGCCUCAGCCACCGCCCACACAGCAGCAGCAACAGUUGCCGGUGCAAGUGCAGGUGCAGCAGCAGCAGCAGUCGGUGCAACUGGUGCAGCAAGAUGUGAAUAGCCAGCAACCGCCACAGCCCAUGUAUCAUGUGCUGGCAGCGCCGCCGGUUAGCGUACAGCAGCCGCAAACUUCGCCCGUGGUGAUCAGCUCACCAGUUAUACUGGAGCAGCAGGCGCCGCCGCCGUUGCAGGCCACACCCAAACCGGACGCAUCGCCAGCGCCCACUAUUGGUGUUGGGGUUAGCAACACCACGGCCACUGGCAUUGCUAGCACACCCAUAACCUCUGCAACUGGGGGCAAUGGCAACGGAUCCGAUAAAUCUACACCCGUGACGAGUGGCGUUCCCAGCGGCGUUGCGUCGACUGGCGCUGGCGGCAACAACAGUACCACAACUAGCGGCAGCACGCCUGUAGUGAAGAAGCAUGUCCUGAAUCCAUCAGCCAAGCCUUUCACACCACGCGGUCCGAGCACACCGAAUCCAUCGCGUCCACAUACGCCACAGACGCCGGUGCCCAUGCAGGCCAUUCACACCACAACUGGCGCCCAUAUACCGGCUGCAAAUCAACAGAUCUACAUGAUGCCGAGUACGCAUGCAUUCCUGGCACCCACACACCCAGGCGGCCAGGCGCCGCGCAUGCGUCGCAAUAACUAUGGUCAAAUGGGUAGCACGCAAAUGCAUGUGUCGGCCACAACAGCAACAGGGCAGCCGUUGAUGGCAACGGCACCGAUUCAACAAUUCAUACAGUACCAGCACACACCGCAUCCACAACAUUUCCAGCCACAGUAUGGGCCGGUGCCGAUGCGCAUGUAUCAGGAUCAGCCGCCGCAAUUACAGUUUUUGACACAGACAACGCCAUCGACGACGCCAUCGCCGGGACAGCCGCAUCAGAGUUUCCAUCCGCCACCACAGCCCUCCCCUGCCGGCGGGGGACCGCAACCCGCAGCAUUCACAACCCAAGCACAGCCGCAGGCAUACCAGCUGAUGUGUGUACAUCCACAUAUCAUGCCCCAAUACUUCCCGGCGUCAACGCCGCAGCAUCCGCCACAGAAUCCACCCUAUCCAAUUAUAAUGCAGCCGCAUACCACGCAGUAGUCAUCUGCGCAUUCUAACCGGAAACAUUCGCGGCUGCCGUCAUAAUGGAAUCAACACCAGCGUCUAAAUCUCAUAGCAAACCCAACUUUCCCCCUCCUCCUCCUCCACAAGCAUCCAUCAUGCACAACAACACCACACACAACACGCCACAUUCAGAUAUAUACACACAUACACAUACUCACACACGUCUAUAGACACAUCUAUGCAUUGUCGGCAUACAUAAUCCACACUGAUAAUAUUUUCUGGUGAUUACCGCCUGGUUAGAUUGAGCACCAAGUCGAGCGUUAUUCUCCCUUGAAGUCAUUCUUACUGUCAUUGUCAGGUGCGAAAAGUUCAUGCAGCAGCAACCAUCAUACUUAUACAUACAUACAUUGCAAGCGAAACACCAACACACAUACAUAUACCACACACACACACACACAAAACAACAACUAGGAAAUUAUAAAAUAUUACUAAAACAGAAACAAAAAGAAAAAAAGAUGGAAGGGAAACUAGAGAAUUUGUCAAAUUGCAAGACGUCUACAGCGCUUUAGAGCCAACAAACAGCAAAUAAUCAGCAAAAUAAGAAGAAGAGCAUCGCAAAGCUGAUAUUUAGGAAGAGCAUAAAAGUCGAUAUCGAUGGUAUUACUUAUUUAUGUAUAUCAAAUCAAACAUAUAUGACUGUUUUGUGAAUCGAGUUUCCUGUGCACCGCACCCAAAUCAAACAAAUCCAAUUGAUUGAAAUUGUGCUGUAAGAAAAUGAAAGAAAAAACAACAACAACAAAAGAAAAAAACAAAUUUAAAAUUGAACUGAAGGCAAACACGUGAAAAAGCCCAACUAAAAAAGAGAAGCAACAAAUUAAUAUGAAUUUUUGUAAAAUUGCUUAAAGCGUAGCUCUUUAAUUCACUUCGGUACUACUGCUAUCUAAAUAUACCUAUCUAUAUAUAUUAUAAUUUUUUGAGCUUUGUCGUGCUUUAGAUCAAAGAUACACACAGACACAAAAACAAACAGACACAAACACACACACAAACAAACAAACACAGAAUCAACUGUAGAUGAACACACGAAGCUCUCACAAACAAUCAGAAACAAUGAGUGACACGCAGAUACAUCAAAAUCCAAAGUCAUCAUUCCAAAUUUAAACUGAAUAUGUUUUCCUCAAUCCAAGCCAAGUUUUUAAAUGCGAUGAUAUAGCAAUUAUUAUAUAUUUUCUGUAUUCACUCUGGGAUUCGAUCGUUUUGAAUACACACAAAUAUCUCUUAACAACAAAUCCCAAUCUGAAUAUGAACCAAACCCCCAACACACAUAAACUUUGCUCGUUUUGAGGAUAUAAAUAGCGACGAAUGUGAAUUGAAGAGUCGAUUGAUUAUUUUAAAUAUUGUUAUAAAAACUGAUUGAUUUUGUUGAAA